CUAUUUUUGAAAAAAUAAAAGAAAAUAAAGAAAGUCCCUCCUUCCGACACGGCUGCCGUUUCCACUUUCCGGGCUUUUCCUUCACUUUGGUCUUAAGAGUACUUUUCUUCUUAGGUUCCCUCUGGCGGGAAGAACAAAACACACACACACACACACACACACACUCUACUACUAUGAGUUGGGUUACGGCGAAAAACGUAGUCGUUUCAGUUCCGCGUUGGCGGUCACUCUCCCUUUUCCUCCGUCCAUCACUCCCACUUCGCCGCCGCUUCUUCUCUUACUCUUUACCUCCGCUGUGCCGAGAGCGGAUAUGCUGCUUGAAGGAGCGAAAGUUGUUUACCACAACCGCAAGAAAACUCAAACAACCAAAAGGUGUUCCAGAGGAAAAAGACUAUGUUAACAUUAUGUGGUGGAAAGAGAGGAUGGAAUUCUUGAGAAAGCCUUCUUCUGUUCUACUGGUUAAGAGGCUAACAUAUUGUAACUUGCUCGGUGUGGCUACAAAUUUGAGAAACGGAAGUCUUAAAGAUGGAACACUUAACUGGGAGAUGUUGCAGUUCAAGUCAAAAUUUCCGCGUGAAGUUUUACUUUGCAGAGUGGGCGAUUUUUAUGAAGCAAUUGGAUUCGAUGCUUGUAUUCUUGUGGAAUAUGCUGGAUUAAAUCCAUUUGGUGGCCUACGUUCAGAUAGUAUACCGAAAGCUGGUUGUCCAGUUGUGAAUCUAAGACAGACAUUGGAUGACCUCACACGUAAUGGCUUCUCUGUGUGUGUCGUGGAGGAAGUUCAGGGUCCAACUCAAGCUCGUGCUCGUAAAAGCAGAUUUAUAUCAGGGCAUGCACAUCCAGGCAGUCCCUAUGUUUUUGGCCUUGUUGGAGAUGAUCAAGAUCUUGAUUUUCCAGAACCAAUGCCUGUUGUUGGAAUAUCCCGUUCAGCGAAGGGGUAUUGCGUUAUCUCAGUUUAUGAGACUAUGAAGACUUACUCUGUGGAGGAUGGCCUAACUGAAGAAGCCUUAGUUACCAAGCUUCGUACUUGUCAAUGCCAUCAUUUGUUUUUGCAUAAUUCAUUGAGGAACAAUACUUCAGGAACAUCACGUUGGGGGGAGUUUGGUGAAGGUGGACUUUUGUGGGGAGAAUGUAAUGCUAGACAGCACGAAUGGUUGGAUGGCAAUCCUAUUGAUGAGCUUUUGUUCAAGGUAAAAGAGCUUUAUGGUCUCGAUGAUGACAUUACAUUUAGAAAUGUCACUGUUGUUUCAGAAAAUAGGCCCCGUCCUUUACACCUUGGAACCGCCACACAAAUUGGUGCUAUUCCAACCGAAGGAAUUCCAUGUUUAUUAAAGGUGUUGCUUCCUCCACACUGCAAUGGUCUACCAGUUCUGUAUGUUAGGGAUCUUCUUUUAAAUCCACCGGCCUAUGAGAUUGCUUCAAAACUUCAAGAGGCAUGCAAACUUAUGAUGAGUGUCACAUGUUCAAUUCCUGAUUUUACUUGUAUUUCAUCUGCAAAGCUGGUCAAGUUGCUUGAGUUGAGGGAGGCAAAUCACGUAGAGUUCUGCAAAAUAAAGAAUGUGGUCGAUGAAAUACUGCAGAUGUACAGAAAUUCAGAGCUUCGUGCUAUUUUAGAGUCACUGAUGGAUCCUACUUGGGUGGCAACUGGGUUAAAAGUCGAUUUUGAUACACUAGUAAGUGAUGUUGGGGCUUCUAUUCCACAUCCAAUUCUCACCUUCUCCGGUAUUGACAAAUUUGACUUAGAUUUUGUUUUUGCCAUUCUUGCAAAAGGCGCUUUGAUAUUAGAUCUGAUUAAGAUAACAGAAGAUUUCCUGCCUAUUGUUUCAAGAAUAAGGGCCACUACGGCCCCCCUUGGAGGAAUCAAAGGGGAGAUUCUGUAUGCUCGAGAGCAUGAAGCUGUAUGGUUUAAGGGGAAGCGAUUUAUUCCAACUGUUUGGGCUGGAACGCCUGGUGAAGAACAAAUUAAGCAUCUCAGACCUGCUAUAGAUUCAAAGGGGAAGAAGGUUGGAGAAGAAUGGUUCACUACAAUGAGGGUGGAAGAUGCAAUAGCGAGGUACCAUGACGCAAGUGCUAAGGCAAAAUCAAGGGUCUUGGAAUUGCUAAGGGGACUUUCUUCUGAAUUACAAUCUAAGAUCAAUAUACUUAUCUUUGCGUCCGUCUUGAUUGUGAUAACAAAGGCAUUAUUUUCUCAUGUGAGCGAAGGGAGAAGAAGGAAUUGGGUUUUCCCAACAAUCACACAAUUUAACAAAUGUCAGGACACAAAGGCACUUAAUGGAACUAUGGGAAUGAAGAUAAUUGGUCUAUCCCCUUAUUGGUUUGAUGCAACGCGAGGUACUGGUGUACAGAAUACAGUAGAUAUGCAGUCAAUGUUUCUUUUGACAGGUCCAAAUGGUGGGGGCAAAUCAAGCUUGCUGCGAUCAUUGUGUGCAGCUGCAUUGUUAGGAAUGUGUGGAUUCAUGGUUCCAGCUGAAUCAGCUGUCAUUCCUCAUUUUGAUUCAAUUAUGCUGCAUAUGAAAUCAUAUGAUAGUCCUGCUGAUGGAAAAAGUUCAUUUCAGAUUGAAAUGUCUGAAAUUCGUUCUCUGGUUACUGGUGCCACUUUAAGAAGUCUUGUGCUUAUAGAUGAAAUAUGUCGAGGAACAGAAACGGCCAAAGGGACAUGUAUUGCUGGAAGUGUUAUAGAAACCCUGGACGCAAUUGGUUGUUUGGGAAUUGUAUCAACCCACUUGCAUGGAAUUUUUGAUUUACCCCUGAAAACCAAGAGGACUGUGUAUAAAGCAAUGGGAACUGAGUAUGUUGACGGUCAAACAAUACCAACUUGGAAACUUAUUGAUGGGGUCUGUAAAGAGAGUCUAGCAUUUGAAACAGCUCAGAGAGAAGGAAUUCCAGAAAUAUUGAUUCGAAGAGCAGAAGUAUUGUAUAAUUCAGUUUAUGUGAAUCAGAUAUCAAAGAAGAAAGACCAAAUAAGACCUGUUUGUUCAGAUUUUGACCUCAAUAGCACAGAUAAAAUCUCUGACCAAUUAAAUGGUGCAAGACAAAUAGCUUUGGAUUCUAGCACAAAAUUAAUGCAGCGAAUGGGAAGUGCAAGCAAGGAACUUGAAGAUGCUAUCUCUCUUAUCUGUCACAAGAAGUUAUUCGAGCUGUGUAAAGUGAAAAAUGCGUCAGAAGUGGCAGCGGUGAAGUGUGUUCUCAUUGCUGCCAGGGAACAGCCAGCUCCAUCAACAAUUGGUGCUUCAAGCGUAUAUAUAAUGUUAAGACCUGACAAAAAUUUUUACGUUGGACAGACUGAUGAUCUUGAGGGCCGAAUCCGUGCUCAUCGGUUGAAGGAGGGAAUGGAAAAUGCUUCUUUCCUAUAUUUCUUAGUCCCUGGCAAGAGCAUAGCCUGUCAACUGGAAACUCUUCUAAUAAACCAACUUCCUGAUUAUGGCUUUCCGCUAACAAACAUUGCUGAUGGUAGGCAUCGUAAUUUUGGCACGACUAGUCUCUCCCUGGAACCUUCAACCGCGCUUAGAUGAAUCCGCUAUCAGCUUGUUGCGGAAGAGUUCAAGUUGGUGUAUAAAAAUUGUAUAUCAGAUGUGCAUUGUUAGACUGUUAGUUUUGGAGAAUUUUAUGCAAUGAGCAAUUCAACUUGCAGUGGCUGCAGCAAUUUUGGGUUAGUGUUAGCUUCUCCACCUGUGUAUAUAUAGCUCACCAUCACCUGUGAAAUUGAGGUGAAUUCUGAUGUAAGUUAAUAUUCCUAAUUUUUAUUUAGUUAUGAUAUACCAUUUUCAUCUUA